UGACGGAAUUAAAUCGCUUUCGUGCUUUUAAUUAAAAUUUUCCUUCUGUGAGGCGGUAAAAUCUACUAUAGAGAGAUAUAUCCAUAAUCCUAUAAAAACCAUUAUUGCUAUUUAUUAGUGACAACAAACUAAUCAAAAAUGGGUGAACGUAAGGGCCAGAACCUUUACUAUCCCCCCGACUACGACCCAAAGGUCGGGGGGUUGAACAAAUUCCUGGGCACCCAUGCUUUGAGAGAGCGGGCAAGGAAACUCCACAUGGGUAUCCUUAUCAUCCGUUUUGAAAUGCCAUAUAACAUCUGGUGUGACGGCUGCAACAAUCACAUCGGCAUGGGCGUGCGGUACAACGCAGAGAAGACCAAGAUCGGCAUGUAUUACACUACUCCGGUGUAUCAGUUUAGGAUGAAAUGCCAUCUGUGUGAUAACCAUUUUGAAAUCAAAACAGACCCUGGGAACUUAGACUAUGUGAUAGUAUCAGGUGCAAGACGGCAGGAGAACAGGUGGGACCCCACAGAGAAUGGCCAGAUUGUCCCGGAGACAAAGGAAACACAGAAGAAGCUGUUUGAUGAUGCUAUGUUCCGCUUGGAACACAAAACAGGUGAUGAAGACACAGCUAAGCAGGACAAGCCGCGGCUCGGCCGGCUGGUGGGCAGGAACGAGUCCGUCUGGAAGGAUGACUAUGAAGCUAACUGCUCACUCAGGAGGAAUUUCAGAAAACGACGAAAAGAACUCGAAGAAUCCGCGGUCAACGACAGCCUGCUCCUCGCCAGAUCAUCUCUAGACAUCAACCUCCUACCAGAAUCAGAAGAAGACCGUCACAUGGCGACCCUGCUCUCACUCCGACCUUCAAAAAGUAUUGAAGAGAAACAAACUUCGACAAGAACUAAAAUACUCAACAGUCCAGCUUUACCAAGCUCUAGUGGGCUGAUAACUAGUUUUGGAGGGUUGAAGAAAGAGGAAUCUUUGAGUAAGAAUGCGAGUUUGACUAGAAAUGCGCUGGGGAUUAUGAUUAAAAAGAAAAGGGUUGAAAAUAGUGUUAACAUGGAGACAAAAGGUGAAAAUAGUGAUGUGAAUGUGGAGGAAAAAGUUGAAAGUGAUGUUGACAAGUCAACUAAAGAACAGAAAGAUACUGAAAUGAUAUCAAAUGAAAUCAAUGUUGGAAAUGCUGCAUUGACUAAAAAUGAGACUAUAAAAGAUAAAGCAGAGGAUAAACUUGAUUCUCUAAAAGGAGAAAUGUAUGCCACAAAUCAGAUUAUAAGUAAGGAUGUUGAAGAGAUAAAUAAUGUAAAUUGUGAAAUAUUUAAAGAUAGGAAAGAAAGUGAAGUUAAAGUUGGAGAUGAAGAAAUUAAAACUAAUUUAGAAAACGUAAAAGAUGUGAAAGUAUCUUUGGUGGGUGAUUAUAGUUCGAGUGGUGAUGGUGACUCAGAUUGAAAGAAACUUUCUUCAAACAUAUAAAGAUAUACAUAAUAGACAGUUAUAUUUGUAAUGCUUGAAUAUCACAAAAUGCGUAACUUAUAUAUUUUUACAAUUA